AUGCGUACCACUUUCCACCGGUCCAGAAAGGAGCAGGAGGAGGAGGAGAGGAGGGAGGAGGAGGAGAUGGCAGUGAGAGUGGAGGCGGCAAUCAGAGAGAGGGUAGGCGCGGAGCUGGCGUGUGAGCGGGUGCAGCAGCAGGUGGCAGCGAUGGUGGCAGCGGGCAGGCAGAAGCUGAGGGAGGAGGUGCAGGCUCAGUUGGAGAGAGAGAAGCAGGCGCUGCUGGCCGAAGCACGAAGGAAAGAGCAGCAGGUGGCAGCGAUGGUGGCGGCGGGCAGGCAGAAGCUGAGGGAGGAGGUGCAGGCGCAGGUGGAAAGAGAGAAGCUGGCGCUGCUGGCCUAUGCGCGAAGGAAAGAGGUGAGUGGGGGAGUGAUUGAGGAAGUGAGGGAUCAGGGAGUGAGUGGUGGAGUGAGGGGCGAGAAAUUGAGGGAGUUAACGUGCGAGCGGGUGCAGCAGCAGGUGGCAGCGAUGGUGGCGGCGGGCUUUCAGAAGCUGAGGGAGGAGGUGCGGGCGCAGGUGGAGAGAGGGAAUCUGGCGCUGGAGAGAGGGAGAGAGGAGCGAGAGAAUGAGGGAUUGAGAGAAUUGGCGAGAGACGGAGUGAUCUAG